AAGGGAAUCAAGAAGGAGAAUAGAAUGGCUCAGAGAACACAGAGAGAUCAUGAAGCCGAUGGAUGGGAACGCUCCGAUUACCCAAUCACCUGCGAAUCUUGCCUCGGCGACAACCCCUACUUGCGAAUGGUGCUUCCUCUGUUGCUUGUUUUCCUAUCAACCAUAGCGAGUCUCGACAAGGAUUGCAAGAUAUGUACACGACCUUUCACGGUGUUUAGGUGGCAACCUGGACGGAAUGCAAGAUACAAGAAAACAGAGAUCUGUCAGACUUGCUCCAAGCUGAAGAAUGUAUGCCAAGUCUGUCUUCUUGAUCUCGAUUUCGGUCUCCCGGUUCAGGUCAGAGACACAGCACUCAACAUUAUUACUACUCAUGAUCACUCUAUCCCAAGAAGCCAUGUCAACAGAGAGUACUUUGCUGGGGAGCAUGACCGAAUGAACAGAGAUGGACUGGAUUAUGAAUCUUCAUAUGGGAAGACGCAACCUAAUGAUACUCUUCUAAAGCUUCAAAGAAGAGAACCAUUCUAUAAAAUGAACAAGCCACACGUUUGUACUUUCUACACAAGUGGUCGGUGUACUAGAGGUGAAGAAUGUGCAUACAGGCAUGAGAUGCCCAUAACAGGAGAGCUAUCCCACCAAAACAUUAAAGAUCGUUACUAUGGUGAAAACGAUCCGGUUGCGAUGAAGUUACUGGGGAAAGUUGGUGAGAUGGGCACACUAGAACCACCAGAGGAUGAAAGCAUCAAAACGCUUUACGUGGGCGGGGUCAAGUCGGGAAUCCUCGAGCAGGACAUACGAGGCCAGUUCUACGCGUAUGGAGAGAUCGAAUCUAUCAGAAUCUUGGCCGAGAAAGCCUGUGCGUUUGUCACAUACACAACCCGACAAGGAGCAGAGGAAGCCACGCAACAGCUCUCCAACAGGCUAGUCAUCAACGGUCAGAGUCUAAAACUCAAAUGGGGAAGACCUCAGGUCCCCAAACCUGAUCAAGAUAGUUGGAACCAACGGGGCAGUCGCAGUGGUUUACUAGCUCGAGCCGUAAUACCACAGCAUCAGUACUAUGCACACCCACCACCACCACCUAACCAAGACGAGGCUUAUUACCCAUCAAUGGACCCGCAGAGAAUGGGUUCAAGCACAAGUGAGAACAACGGAGCUUCUUCUUCUUCUUCUUCUUCUUCUUCUUACCUGAUGACUCCACACGAGCCAUACCAGCAGCAAUAUCGUUUUUAA